UUUGAAGAUUGCCGCCAUCGAGGCAUUUGCCGCUGGUAAAAUCCAUAAUCUGCUUGGUAGUAGGGUUAUAACGGAACGAUUGCCCUCCGUGACCGUGACAAGCCCACAUGGCCAGAUUAGUCCCGUCCGCAGUACCACCUCCCCAGACCGAAGCACAUUGUGUUGGGGUAUCUGCGGCCGGGAUAAGACCCCAGUUGUUGAUGAAACCAGACACGGGGAUGCCAGCACCGGGAGGACCGGGUUGUCCUGGAAUGCCUUGCGGUCCAACAGGUCCAGCGGGUCCAGUGGGUCCAGCGGGUCCAGCCGGCCCCAUAGCACCGGGAGCACCUGCAGGACCUAUCGGGCCUGGUGGGCCCUGCAAAUCCUGCAACCCCAUAGCCCCAGGAGGACCAGUGAUUCCAGUCGAACCCGCAGAUGUGACAGUACUUACCAGCCCGGUCGUUGCAUUGGUGCUUGUGAUGGUCGGGGAUAUCGCGGAAACGGCAGCCGGUGUCGACGACACGAUAGAGGCGGGCGCCGGUGCUGGUGCUGGUGUGGAUACAGGUGUGGGUGUGGACGCAGCCGUCGAUGGUGAUGCAGGUGCUGCUACUUGCUCCAUACGACGAGUGAAUGGGUUGUAUUUGUAAGCGACACCGGAUCCGGUCGACGCUGGUAGAAACGACUCGACUCCCUUCUUUGUAUAGUAAUACAUGACCAUAAAUC